AUGGCGCAAGAUCCUCGAGAAUACAUGCAGCGGCUGCAAAAAGCCAUACAGCAACGGCAAGGAGGGUUUGGAGGUGGUGGUGGCCUGCCUGGUGGAGGCGCUGCUGGGAGAGGUCUUUUUGGCCUCAUUGCUCUAGGUGUUGGCGCCGCGGUCAUUUCCAAUUCCAUCUUCAACGUCGACGGUGGUCACAGAGCUAUCAAGUACACGAGGAUAGGUGGUGUUAAGAAAGAAAUCUACGCUGAAGGAACCCACAUCAAGAUCCCAUGGUUUGAAACACCCAUCGACUACGAUGUCCGAGCCAAGCCGAGAAACGUCGCCUCUUUGACAGGAACAAAAGACUUGCAGAUGGUCAACAUCACCUGCCGUGUCCUAUCGAGACCGAACGUAGAUGCUCUACCCCAGAUAUACAGAACUCUCGGCACCGACUACGAUGAGCGAGUCCUCCCAUCCAUUGUCAACGAAGUCCUCAAGGCCGUCGUAGCUCAAUUCAAUGCCAGUCAACUGAUCACUCAGAGAGAAAACGUAGCCAGGCUAGUCAGAGACAACCUCGCCCGACGCGCCGCCAGAUUCAACAUCAUCCUCGAUGACGUCUCACUCACACAUCUCGCCUUCUCCCCCGAAUUCACCGCCGCUGUCGAAGCCAAGCAGGUCGCUCAGCAAGAAGCCCAACGAGCAGCCUUCAUUGUCGACCGAGCUAGACAAGAGAAGCAAGCUACCAUUGUCCGAGCACAGGGUGAGGCCAGAUCCGCCGAGCUGGUCGGCGAAGCCAUCAAGAAGAGCCAGAGUUACGUUGAUUUGAGACAGAUUGAGAACGCAAGAAACAUCGCCUCGAUAUUGCAAGAGGCUGGUGGCAAGAAUAAGCUCUACCUUGAGUCUGAGGGUCUAGGCCUGAAUGUCCGUCCCGGUGAGCACAGCAAGCUGAAGUAA